UUUGGUACAGCUAGGAUGAAAGUCUGGUCAAAGGUGGUUUCGGGGAGACAUAGAGAUCCCUAAUCAUACGUGGCCCGUUACCGCCCGGAUGCCAAAUCCUUAACACUCUACAUCCCCCAGGAACCAAACAAUGAACAAUCAACCUUCCGAGGACACUCUCUUGGGCAGUGGUAUUCCAUUACCUCGGGCGCAACGGUACUAUACGCAUCGUGACGCAAGCAGUGUUGAAAUGCUACCAGAGGCGACCUUAUCGUCCGCUAAUGUGCGAUCACCUUUGGACAACGCCGUAUCACAAGCGACUGCAGCCCAUGAUGCAUUUCUUAUAAAACUUGGCUCCAGGGUCUCUCGGAUCGCCCGUGACGGCAGCAUCGUCCCAAUUGUGAACGGGAAAAAGAACAUGCCACUAACAGUUGCUCCAUCCAAACGCCUCGCACCUAGGGCUUCAUCCGCGUCGAUGCGUCGAUGGAAGAGUUCUCCAUCGAUUUCACAUUCUCUUAAACCUCGAGUAAAGUACAAAAGACUCUCCUCUAGAGGAAAAUCACGACAAGGGGACAACAGAGGGAAGAAGCAACAGCAAUCUGAGACAUCAGCUGUUAAAAGCGCUGAUGUGGACGUCAACAUGAUUGAAUCACAAUGGAGUUUAUCACAACCAACAGAGAGCCAUGUACUUACCUCCAGUGAGGAGAACAGGAAUGUUUUGAAACAGGACGCAAGUGUCAUGAACCCCACAGAGAAUAUUGCUUCUACACAAUUGCCCCACAUGCCUUCAACCACAACUCUCACGUCACCUGAAAUCACGCACGAUAUCUCGGAAAUACAAGCAACCUCCAACACCGAAGAAACUGAAAGCCUAAAAAGUGCAGCCCUGCGAGUACUGCGGAAAUACCCAAAUUGGUCCUUUCAGGCGAUGAAAGAGAUGACAGAAGCUGUGCAAUCGACUGUCUGGAAGAUGAAUGUAGAGGCAGCGUCAGAGAGGGAUGUGCAGAAGGAAACGUCACCAUCGCAAGACGGUAGUAAAGAUAGCGACAAUGACCAUGCCGAUUCCACUUCCAAAUCGAGCGUCUCUUUGAAUCCUGAUGAUUACGAUCUUCCCAAUCUUGAAUCUAUUCCAGUUCUCCGUCUCCCAAGUAUUCCCAAUACUCCUCAACCACUUGUACAGCAAAGGGAGGCCCCUUCCUAUGUUUAUGGUAAGCAGGCGGCAAACCAACCCGAACGGUCGCAUAACCAGCAAAGUGUCGUCCCAAGCAACCCACGGCCAUCCGCUUUCUCCUUCUCUUUCGUACCGCCCCACGCACAACCGAAACACCCUGCACACCAACAACCCCAAAGCCGGUCCUCAUCUCAAAGCUCCUAUGGAGGGAAUCCUUCUGCUAGGGCACUACAGCACUCAUCACUACGAGUUCGGAACGCCCCUGAAAACAAGCAAUACAAUAGCUCUCCAGCAUUGUCGACAUCGCGCCCAUCAGCAUCUCAUUUACCAAAGUAUCGGUCGCAGCCUACGCUGAAUGAUUACAGGCUGAGAGAAACAGCUGGCUUAUGGCCUGGGUGCCGUAAACCGGAUCACCAUGAGCCAUCAUCAGCACCUAGAUAUCCGUACGUCCUUGCAGGUCAAGAUCCAACCGUCUACACUUGCGGCACUACAGGAACGUUUGGAAUACGGAUGAACAUGCAGAGCCCAUACGCAUAUACCCCAUCCCCACACCAACCUAUCAUGCAACCACCAAAUACAUAUGCAGAGUAUGGAAGCAUGCCUUUGUUACCGCCUCUACCUGCCGCACGGCAAUCGGCAAGUACAUCCUUCACUCCAAUCCCUGCAGGUGCCAUGUCUCCCUCACUCGGUUCGCAUAUGGGAGCUCGUUCCCAUGCCAUCCCUUCCACCGAAACGGUUAGUUUACCUCCAAUACAUGAUCCACCACAAGGGCUUCAAAUUACCAAAACAAAUGUCGCAAGAGCAGCCGAAGAUCACGAACCUUCGACGAGGUCCUCAUCUGUAUCCCUCUAUCAACGUACGCCGCGACAGACCACAAAGAUCGUACAGCCGGUCAAACUAGGUGGAUUGGGCCCAGAUAUUGGAAGCGAAGAGUACAAAGCCAAGCUUGAAAAAUGGCAACGUCAAAAAGAGUAUGGCGCCCAAAUCCGAGCCAUCACACGCACCACUCCCCAUAACGUCUCCGAUUCAAGGAGUCAGCCCGAUCUCCGGCCGCACUCCCAAACUUCCACCGCAGCACGAGCACAUUCGGCACGAAGUGACUCUGGAGAUAAAAGAAUGAGUCCUUCUCCGUCGCCUCAGCAGAGACAGUCGGUCGCAGAAAAGGGAAGGAAGAAACAACCUGCGUCGGUUUUCAUUGGCUCUAAACUUGCGUCGUCUGACAAAUUGGAGCAAGCGAUUGCCAAGAGAGAAAAGAUGAAAGCCUACGCGUCCACCAUCAAGAAACCUACUUUAUGUCUCUCAUCAUCAUCUCCGGUAAGGACGUCCAGAGAGUCUGCAAAAGAUCUGACAGCGGCUGUUAUGGCAGAACAGGAUGAACUGCGACAAUUGGAGGAAGAGCACGAGAGAGGUCUGGAGGCUGUGGAAAACAUAAGAAAAGAACUGGGCUUGUGAACUAGAAUGGUGCGACUGGAUGAAGAUGAUUGGGAUGUUCAAAGGACGUUGGAUGGAAUUAUUUUUCGUUUUCAA